GUUCAGACGGACCAGGGUCGGGUUGGAGCUCGGGCUCGCCUUGCCCGUUUCGGGUUCACGCAGCACCGUCGGCCGGGGGAGCCCAGACGGCAGGCAAUGCAGGCGCCUCCAAAAGCCCCGGACAAGGCGUUGAAUCCGGCUGGGCCACCCGGCACGGCCGCAUGCGUGCUGGGAAUUGACAUGGGUACCACAUCGGUGAAAGCUGUCUUGGUGGAGGAGACAGCGCAGGGGCCAGUUGUGGUUGCGAGUUGCAGCAAGGACACCCAAGCGAAGGUGGAGAGCCCUGAUGCUGGUCCACAGGGAGAUGAGCAAGAUGUCCACAAGAUUGCAGCUGCUUUGAACAAAUGCCUUGCAGACCUCCCGCCGCGAGACCUCGAAAGGGUGUGCCGUAUUGGUGUCUCUGGACAAAUGCACGGAGUCAUGUUCUGGAAAACAGGUCGAGGUUGCAAGUGGACGGCGUGUGAAUCCGGGCUGAAAUUUGAACCGGACGAGGUCAGCCACCUGGUCACGUGGCAGGACGGCCGCUGCUGCGGUCCCUUCCUGUCCUCCCUCCCACAACCGCAGUCACACCUCAGCGUGACCACAGGACACGCCUGUGCCACCAUCUACUGGUACUUGAAGAACAGCCCAGAUUUCCUGAAGCCUUACGACGCCGCUGGAACCAUCCAGGACUACGUGGUGACCAUGCUGUGUGGCCGGGAAUGGCCACGGAUGUCUGUCCAGAACGCAGCCAGUUGGGGCUACUUCAACACGACGAGUAAAUGCUGGAAUACAGACAUCCUCAGAAAAACCCACUUCCCUGUCCAUUUGCUUCCUGAAGUGGUUCAGUCCGGAGACCUGGCAGGAGAAACCUGCAGUGUGUGGCACCGGAUACCAAAAGGGGCAGAAGUGGGUGCUGCUCUGGGGGAUUUCCAGUGCUCUGUCUACUCCAGCAUGAGGGAAAAGACUGAUGCAGUUCUCAACAUCGGGACGUCUGCUCAGCUCACCCUCCUGAUGCCUUCCGGGUUCAAGCCCGCGCAGACUCCAGACCCCCGCUCGCCUGUGGCCUACUACCCGUACUUCGGUGACAGCUAUCUGGCGGUGGCGGCCUCUCUGAACGGCGGAAACGUGAUGGCAGCGUUCGUGAGCACGCUCCUCGGCUGGACGGCUGAGCUGGGAGUCCAGGUCUCGGAAACAGACCUCUAUUCCCAGGUGAUCGAGGCGGCCCUGGCCCAAACCAAUUCCGGCCUUGACAUCUGCCCGACCAUCUUUGGGGAGAGGCACUCGCCAGAGAAGUUGGCCUCCGUGACGGGCAUCACGGCCUCCAACCUCUCCCUGGGCCACGUGGCCCGGGCCUUGUGCCGGGGCGUGGUGCGGAACCUGCACGGCAUGCUGUCCUCGGAGCGCCUGGAGGAGGCCGGGGCGGCGCGGAUCCUGGCGGGCGGCAGCGCCCUGUGCCGCAACGAGGUGAUGAGGCAGGAGGUGGAGCGGGCCUUUGCCCUCCCGGUCUCCUACGGGAACGAGGUGGACGCGGCCAGGGGCGCAGCGAUGGCCAUGCUGGACCGGACGUGAGGCCGCGCCAGCCGCUGGACUGUGGAACCUCUCCCUGCAGGAUGCGCAGAAGCCGAAGGAUUGGGCGGGGAAGAGGGCCACCCUUGCGGAAGAACCGCAGAGCGCUUGAAGCCACCCGCCCGAAAAUUCUAGCUUUGCGAGGCUGCUGGCUUCCCUGAGACUUCCCUUGUAGGAAGUGUGCCUCCCUGGGGCGUAGCGCUUCCCACCAGCCCUGCAAAAGGGCCCCUUCUUCACUAGCAAAGGGGGGAAAGGGGAGCCCGUGGCUGCCUCCCGUGGAAGAUUCUUCUGGGCUGAUCUCACCUUUCUGCUGCUCACGGGAGCAAGGAGGUGGAGGCCCCCUCGGUGAGGGCAUGCAAGGAUGGGCCGGACACGCACAUGGUAGGCACGUCACGAGUGGAGCUGGCUGGAAGCAGGGGUCAGACUAGAUGGCCCCUGCGGCCUCGCUCUGUUUCUGUGUCUCCUUCCUUGCUGGAGCUGACUGCAGUCCUCUCUCGCUCUCAGCCAGCCUUCCCCGCCCAAGGAGCUUCGCUGUGCUUUGGCCUUAGUUCCACGCGGCCCCAGCUGAUGCCCACGAUACCUGUGGGCUGGGCGUUGGGAGGGUCUUGGGUUGGGGGCGCUGGGCCAGCCUUUGUGGACACGGCUGCAGCCGGGAGCUUGGGGCACUGCCAUCCCCUCAAAGGCCAACCGUAUUCAGGCCAUCUCUGGCAUGUAACAGCUGCAGACCUCUCUGUCCAAGAGUGAUAAUAAAGUCACUCUUUCCACCUC